AAGCUCGCUUAGUAAAUAGUUACUUAUAGUUUCGAGAUGGACAACGGUUAAGAGGCUAACGUGCCUGGGUUGUCAAGGCCUAGAGACUGGAAGCCCUAAAAUGAACUUGGUUUACAAAUACUAAUCUAGGCGAUCGAGGAGAUUUAGCGCAAGUUACAUUUAACAGAAUCGUUCAAAAGUAUUGUAACAYUAUGUAUGAAACAGCUGAAUUGACCGCUGGCGUAAGACUCUUGAGAAAAGACAGAAGUAGAAACUCGGUGAAGCCAUAAGGAGACAAAAAUAAGUGAUUUUUUUAUAGUAAAUAAUUCUACAGCUGUUUAUGGCGUAUCGAGGGAAAAUAAAUUUUACUCGCAGAGUCGUUCCUGAAGACCGGAGUCUUGCCCAUGAGUACAGCUCAAAUGAAAGCGAAGGUGAUUAUGAGCAAAGCGAUGAUCGCGAAGAACCAAAAUACGAAGACCACGAGAGGCGAAGUCAAAAAGUUUUGCCAAAGAUUAACAAGGAAAACGAAACCCGAAAAACAAUGGAUCAGUCAAGAUACGUUCCGUCAAAUGAGAGUAGAAUUCCAGUUGCAAGACGAGGAGCAAGCAAACGCGGUGUACCAAAUUCAAAAAGAGACGAACCAGUUACACCAGUUCGUGAACGAUUUAGAGCACGCUACCAAGGGGAUCAAGACUCGUCCACCGCAAACGAGGACAAACGAAGUAAAUUGAAUAAAAACAGGACUAAUAACUUGUCAAAAAGAGUAAUUUUUUAUCGAAACGGAGAUAAACACUUCAAAGGAAGGUCAUUUAUCAUCACGAAGCAACGAUACCGUUCGUUUGAAAACCUACUAGAAGAUUUAUCAAGGGCAAUUCCUUUACCGUAUGGAGUUAGAAACAUUUUUUCUCCUGACGGCCAAAUAAUUAAUUCCAUUAAUGAGCUCGAAGAUGGUGGCCACUACAUCUGUUCCUCUGGGGACCAAUUAAUCAGAAAUAUCAAUUAUAAUACCGAAAAAAGAAAGGAAAAAAGCGAUGAUAUUCCUAGCGAAGGCAUAAAAAAUAUUAAACUUGCUGUCCCUUCCGACAGCUCUUCAAAUUCAAGUUCCCCAAGAAUAAAUAAUAAGACUCCAAAACCUAGAGUUAUUACCAUUAUUAAUAAGGAAAGAAACCUAAAAUGCAAGAUUUUGUUGAACAGAAAAACAGUUAAGAGUUAUGAAGAUGUUUUACGAGAUGUUUCCGAGAUGAUGAAGCUACAAGGAGAGUACGUGAAAGAACUUUAUUCGUCACAAAAAACAGCAAAAGUUGGUGGCUUGUCGGAGAUGUUCCACGGAGAUGAUGACGUCUACACAGCUGUCAUUGUACAAGAAGGCAGCACCAAGCGGAACCUAUCCAACCCUUCUUCCCACAGUAGUAAUGGUGGCGGACACUCACCCUCAAAUGGAAGAAAACAAAAAUCAAGAAAAAAGCAGAAAAGACAUUUAGAUGGUCAUGAGCGAGGCGUCACAAUUAAGGUUAAAGACAAGACGCUUACGUUCUACCCUCCAUCGAAAAGAGACGCCAUGUUGGGCGAUACCGAGGAAAUAUUCUUAGCACCUGAUGCACGACCACAACUUGAUUGGGUUUACGGAUACCAGGGUAAAGACACACGAUACAAUCUACACGUACUUCCAUCAGGCGAGCUACUCUACUUUGUAUCCAGAGUAGUUGUCAUAUACAACCGGAAGAAUAACUCACAAAGACACUAUACUGAACACGCUGACGAUAUCAAAUGUAUAGCGGUUCAUCCCAAUCAAUGGUACAUCGCCACUGGCCAAACAUCAGGACUCUCUCUCGAUCAAAACGACCUCAGUCAUGUACGUAUAUGGGACAGCGAGACUCUCUUAACCCUUACAGUCUUACAGUUAGAUGACUACACCCUUAGCUUGAUAGCCAUGGCUUUCUCAGUAGAGGACAAUGGCGAUAUAUUAUCAUGUAUAGACAGCAGCGGAGACAGUUAUCGACUCAGUCUUUGGGAAUGGAAAGACAAGAAGUGUUUGGUGCAGAGUAAAGAGUUUACCAGCAUCGCGCUUGCCGUCAUGUUUGACCCAGAUGACAGCAAAACGAUCGUAUCAUGCGGCAAGGAACAUAUCUACUUCUGGAGAUGGCAUAAUGGAAAACUGGAAAGAAAAAAUGGCUUUUACGAGAACAAUCCUGUUCCACUAUUUGUCACGUGUCUGGACUUUGCACCUAAUGGGGAUCUGUUCACGGGAGAUUCUAAUGGAUCUAUCACAUCCUGGAGCAAAGUUUCAAAGAAGGUGAAGUUUAUGGUCAGGAACGCGCAUGAGAAGAGUAUCCUGAGCCUGCAUGUUUUGGACAGCGGUCUUCUGUURACAGCUGGUGGGGUGGAUGGUCGGGUGUGUGCAUGGGACGCCAAUAAGUACUUCAACUUGCCCCUAAGAGAAAUACAGCUUCCAGAAGUGACUGGUGUAAGUGCCCUGGAGCCGCUACAAACCGGCGAGACUGACGUCACUCUACUGGCGGGGACGACAGCCAAUACUAUCCUAGAAGGCUCCUUCACUAAGCCGUUUACUACUAUCGUUAAGGGUAACAAAUURGAUGUGCUAUCGUUCGCUGUCCACCCCUCAAAGGACCUUUUUGUCACGGCAUCUUUAGACAAGACUGCGACAUUAUGGUCAGCAGUUCAUCACGAGACUAUAUGGAGAGUCGACGUCGAGUUUCCUAUAAGAGUUGCAGCCUUCUAUUCCACUGGUAGCGUGAUAGCAUUUGGCACCCCACAAGGCAGAUGGAUCGUAUUGAAUGCUGAAUCAGGUAUACAUCAGGCUUCAUUUCAAGAUGGCAGCGAGCCAAUCACCGACCUCGAAUAUUCCCCAGAUGGCGAGCAUAUCGCGGUAGGAUCGAAAGACGGAAACAUUUACGUCCACGCUGUCUACGAUGAUGGCAUGACGUAUAGACGAGUAGGYUGUUGUUCGAACCACACCGCUCCCGUUCUGUUUCUUGAUUGGUCGGUGGAUGGUUGUUUCAUACAGAGCAUGUCGACUGAAUAUGACAUCAUCACAUGGGAGAUCGGAGCAUUUGAGAAAGAAGAAUCACAGAAUAUUAUCCGGGACACAGAAUGGAACACGCGUAACGUUGUGCUUGGAUACGACGUAGUAGGUGUCUGGCAGUCAACACCGACCGAUGGGAACCUGGUGACUAGUUCUGAUCUGGCCUGGUCGCAUAAUCUGCUAGCAAUAGGAGACGAACUGGGAUACAUGCGUAUCUUUCGAUACCCGUGUAGCUAUGAAGGGGUUCAAUAUCAUCAAGUACGCGCACACAGUUCGACCGUCCUUAGAGUAAUGUUCCUCUCAUCCGAUAAMUUCCUACUGAGCACCGCUGGUCAAGACUGCGCAUUCCUGCAAUGGAGCAUGGAAGGAAUGGUAAAACCGCUGACUACGAAAGCCAAGAAGCACAAGUCUGAGAAUUUAAAAGUCGUGGUAUCGAACUCCGACAGCCAAUCAGAUCUCGAGGAAGGAGAAGACUAUUYAUCGAAAGAACAKAGCGAAAAGACUCGAAAUAAAUUGKCAGAUGCGUUGGRUGAUAAGCAAGAGGUUGAGCGAACGGGYAGGAAUAAAAGCAGAAGUUACCAAAGAUCCGAUAACGACUUCAACCACGGCGAGAAAAACGAGAGAAACAGUAAAACUAAAGCUGAAUCGAAUUYUAUUCGUGAAAGAAGUAAAAAAACAGACUCCGAAGUCUCAGAUGAAGCCCCUGCACRAACAAGCGAAGAGUAUUCAUCUGAAGACUAUAGACAAUACGAGGACCGAAGACCUCAAGGRAAGGAGGUGAAAAAUAUUCGCGGACGACGAGGACGUCCGUCCAACCAACGACGUUCCUUCGAAGAGGACAUGUACCAAGACCGUGAUGACACAAGUGACGAGAGAAAAGGAAGAAUACAGCGCGGGCGAGGAAGAUCAAAACGAUACUCAGAAGAUGAUGUAUCGAUGGAGGAGGAAAGCGAUGACGMUGUUACUCCACAAAGAACAUUACGACCAAAACAAAAUGGCUACCGGAGACUAAGGUCCCCAGUGAAGGACAAGGAGGGAAGGAGACGUGAUCGAGGCGCAGGUCGAAGCCAUAGUGAUGAAUACUCRGAUACAACAAGGGAUGAUAGAAAUAGUUAUAGAAAUAAUAGGUAUGGRGGGAGAAAAAAUCAUAAAAAUGAUGGAGAACCCGGUUAUUAUAACAGAAACAAACGAUAACUCGAAAGUCGAAAGCAUAGGUUUCACAGAUUGUAGCUUACUAUUGUAAGUACUUAAUAUUUUCUUGAUUUCAACCAUUCCCAAGAGAAUCAAAAGACAAAGACAUGGAGGCCAUGUUGGUGGACAGAUACGAAAGAACCUAAUGAAAAGUCUGUUGUUAAAGUCCACUAGAUACUACGUAACGCGGUGAAAACGAAGGAUAUUGAUACUUUUGGUCGGUAGCGUCAUGCAUCCCUUUCCAUAGGAAUAUAGUCAAAAAAAAAAAAAAAAAAAAAAAAAAAAAAAAAAAAAAAAAAAGAAAGAAAGCGCGGCCUUCACGUUGGUUAAAAUAAGAGUUAUUGAAUAGACCUUAUUCGUGGUGUGACAAUGUUUUCCCAAUUCAGCGUGACAAACCUCUGGGGGAAUGAAGAGCUAUUGUUUUGAAACUCGUCGGGAUAUCAUCGUUAUUCCUUUCGUAUCCUUUGGGAUACUCAUGAAUUUUUCGAACAGUAAAAACAAAAGAAAAUGAAUCCCCUGGAGGUUCGUCACGCUGAAUUAGGAAAACAUUGUCACACCACGAAUAAGGUCUAUUCAAUUCAAGAAGGCGUUCAAAAACCCACAAACUGGAGAUUUAAUAACGGAGGUCUUUCAAGACAAUAAUUUUGAUAGAAUUAAACCUAACAUUAAACCCA